UACAACGUGUAGAAAUGUUGUAACUCUAGUAUCUCGUAAAGCUAUCAUAAUUUAUCGUAUCGACAAGUUAUACCUUAUAAAUAUAUAAAGUUAAAUGAACGACUUUGCGAUAUGUUUUUGCGGUCCAUAAUACAGCAAAAAUGAUUUUAACAAAGCUCUGUUUUUAGUUGAUAUCGUUUAGAUGUCAUAUGCUAAGACUAAGUGUAACUUGUAAGAGUAAGAGUAAAAUUAAGAAAGUUUGGGUAUCUUGUAACCGCACGUUGUAGCAUACCGUAGCGCUUAAAAUUUUUGAUGCUUGGCUUCCAGAUAAGCCUGAAAACUGAGUAAAAUACUCCAUCGUCUUUGACUGUGUUAUUAUUAUUACUUAAAACGUUGACAACACACAAUAAAGAAAAAUGUCCGAUGACGAAAAAGGUUUAUUCUUCGUUGACGUCUAUGAUCUCUGUGAAGUUAUUGGAAGAGGGCCCUUCAGUGUUGUCCGUCGUUGUCUUCACAAGGUUACCGGUCAGCAGUUUGCCGUUAAGAUUAUUGAUGUAGCCAAACUGACGUCAUAUCCUGGUUUUAGUAUAACAGACUUGAAGAGAGAGGCCAGUAUUUGCCAUAUGUUGAAACAUCCUCAUAUUGUGGAACUCUUGGAAACAUAUAGUAGUGAAGGCAUUUUAUAUAUGGUUUUUGAAUACAUGGAAGGAACAGAUAUAUGCACAGAAAUUGUAAAACGUGCAACAGCGGGAUUUGUGUACAGUGAAGCAGUAGCCAGUCACUACAUGCGACAAAUUCUUGAUGCCCUCCAUUACUGCCACAACAAUAACAUUAUUCACAGAGAUAUUAAUACACAGUGUGUUCUACUUGCCACUAAAGAGAAUUCAGCUCCACUGAAAAUGGAUGGUUUUAGAGCUGCCAUACAACUGAAAGAAGAUAAUGUUAAUGAUGAUAAAAAUUCUAUGAAGUAUCCAAUGGGGAUGCAUCCAAAGGGCUGUGCAUAUAUAAGGUGUGAUGAAAAGGGAAGGAUUGGGACUCCUCAUUUUAUGGCACCAGAAGUCAUUCAGCAUUGUUUAUAUGGAAAGCCAGCAGACGUCUGGAGUUGUGGUGUACUCUUGUAUGUGCUACUAAGUGGAACACUUCCUUUUCUGGGGACCAAGGAAAACUUGUAUGAAUCCAUUUGUCAAGGACGUCUUAAUUUAGCUGGACGUCCAUGGGACCACGUGAGUGACUAUGCUAAAGACUUAGUUCAGAAAAUGCUGACUGUUGAUGCUAAGGAAAGAAUAACAGUAAAAGAAGCUUUAAACCACUUAUGGCUCAAGGAUAGAGAUCAUAGUGCUCCAAGAAUUCAUCUUCAGGAAACAGUAGAGGAACUAAGAAAGUUCAAUGCAAGAAGGAAACUAAAGGGGGCAGUAUUAGCAGCUGUUUCAAGCCCAAAAUGGACCAAUUUUUAUAUUGAACCACCACUUGAUGGCCUUUCUAAGCUUGGGGUCAGUGAUGAAGUUACAUCUGCUGGAGCUGUUUCAGCUGUGCUGGACAGUUUGGACAAUAUUCACUGUCUUACAGACUGUAGCAAACGUGAAAGAGAUUUUCUGCUCUCUGUCCUGGAAGACUCCCAACUGCAUGCUCUUCUUGAUCUAUAUGACAGAAUCAAUACCAAAUCUUAUUGUCCAAUAAAAUGUCCACCAACUGAUGCUCUAAACAGAGCAAAAGAGGUGUUUGAAUGUCUGAAUCAUUAUCCAAGUGGCAUGGUAAAUGAGGUUGAGGAACUACAAUCCAUAUUAUGCAACCACCACUUUAGGGCACUACUACAAGCACAUGAUGUUGUUGCUCAUGAGGUGUAUAGUGAAGAAGCUAUCCGAGUAACGCCACCUCCCAUCAUGCCUUUUCUAAAUGGAAACCAAGAAAUGGAACCACAAGGAGAACCACCAGUUGAAAAUGUUACACGAGUCAGGCUUGUGCAGUUCCAGAAAAACACAGAUGAACCCAUGGGAAUCACAUUAAAACUGGAUGAGAGAGGAAAGUGUAUUGUAGCACGAAUUAUGCAUGGAGGAAUGAUUCACAAACAAGCAACUCUUCAUGUGGGAGAUGAGAUUAAAGAAAUCAAUGGAGUGCCUGUAGCACAUCAGUCUAUAGAAGCACUGCAAAUUAUGAUGAAAGAAGCCUGUGGCAACGUGACAUUCAAGAUAGUUCCAAGCUAUCGCAAUGCUCCUCCCCCGUGUGAGUAUUUUCGGAUAAAUCCACCUCCAGUUCUAAUCUACGUUCGGGCUCAGUUUGACUACAAUCCUCUAGAAGAUGAUCUUAUACCCUGUGCCCAGGCAGGCAUAACCUUCAAGAUAGGAGACAUACUUCAAGUUAUUAGUAAGGACGACCACAACUGGUGGCAAGCCAAGAAGGAAGGCUUGGACAGCACAGCUGGACUCAUUCCAUCUCCAGAGCUUCAGGAAUGGAGAACAGCUUACAUGGCAAUGGAGAGGAGUAAGAAUUACCAAGUAAAUUGCUCAAUAUUUGGGAGGAAAAAGAAACACUAUAAAGACAAGUAUCUAGCAAAACAUAAUGCCAUUUUUGAUCAGCUAGAUUUAGUAACUUAUGAAGAAGUUGUUAAGCUUCCAGCUUUCAAACGCAAAACUUUGGUACUUUUAGGUGCUCAUGGUGUGGGUAGGAGACACAUUAAGAACACAUUGAUAGCCAAUCAUCCAAACAAAUAUGCAUAUCCCAUUCCACACACCACAAGACCUCCAAGAAAAGUUGAAGAAAAUGGAAAGAAUUAUUUCUUUGUUUCUAAUGAUGAAAUGAUGGCUGACAUUGCAGGUAAUGAAUACUUGGAGUAUGGCACCCAUGAUGAUGCAAUGUAUGGCACAAAGCUAGAAACAAUAAGAAGAAUUCAUCAGGAAGAAAAGAUAGCUAUCCUUGAUGUAGAACCACAGGCUUUAAAAAUCUUGAGAACAGCAGAAUACACACCUUAUGUAGUCUUCAUUGCAGCACCAUCUUUAUCUACAAUGACUGAUACUGAUGGAAGCUUGGAACGUCUUGCUAAAGAGAGUGAACUUCUUCGUCAGGCUUAUGGUCAUUUAUUUGACAUGACGAUAGUUAAUAACAACAUUGAUGAAACAAUAGAGACUUUGGAAAAAGCAAUAGAGAAUAUAAAUGUAACAUCUCAAUGGGUACCUGUCAGUUGGGUGUAUUAAAUAUAUUAUUACAUUAGUGGAUCCUGUCUAAUAGGUAUACCAACUUUGGGACUCUUCAUCGGAUGUACUAACUAUGGGACACCUCACUGAAUAUCUAUCCCUUAGAUGUACUGAUUAUUGGGCAUCUCACUAGAUGCCUGUCCAGUAGAUGUACUGAUUAUAGAACGCCUCACUAUAUGGCUGUCUAAAAGAUGUACUGAUUAUGGGACACUUCACUGGAUGCCUGUCCAGUAGAUGUACUGAUUAUAGAAUGCCUCACUAUAUGGCUGUCUAAAAGAUGUACUGAUUAUGGGACACUUCACUGGAUGCCUGUCCAGUAGAUGUACUGAUUAUAGAACGCCUCACUAUAUGGCUGUCUAAAAGAUGUACUGAUUAUGGGACAUUUCACUGGAUGCCUGUCCAGUAGAUGUAUUCAUUAUGGAACACUUUACUAUAUGGCUGUCUAAAAGAUGUACUGAUUAUGGGACAUCUCACUGGAUGACUGUUAUUUUGAUGUACCAUAUGAUUACAUAACAUCUCGGUCUUUCAGCUGGAUGUAUAGUUAUGUUACACCACAUUGGAUAGUUGUGUGUAUGUAAGCUGUACACUUCAACUGAUUAAGUUCACAAUACAUCAGUGGGUUUCUGUCAGGUAAAUGAACAGACAACCUAAUGAUCUUGCUCAUGUUCUAAAAACAUUAUCUUGCUUUAAGAACAGAUAUGAGGCAUUUCUUCUAUUGUUGCCAGAAGUUCCAAAUAUUUCUUAGCAUGGGAAAAUCGAACAAUUUUAGCUUUUUUUUUUUUAAUAUUAUUAUUAUUAUUAAAUUUUUCUCUCAUUCUGCAAUUGAAGCUUUCCAACUUAAAAAAUUUAUACUUCUCUAUUUCAUUAAUCUAACUUAUCUUUACUAGUAUACGUACCCAUGGUGCUUUUUAAAGUAGGGCUAUAUAGAAGCACAAACUGUUUUCAUACAAGAUUCGACUUUAUGGUUUUGGAUUGAUAAAAAGAUUUUCAUGUUUUAACUAAUGUUAGGUGUAAGAGAAAAAGUGUUUACAGAGUCUAGUUUCUAAAACAAAUGUAUGAAAUUGUUAUAGAAGACAUUGCUAGAAAAAAAGAAGACACCAUAUUAAUAAUUCCUAACUUGAAGUGUGUAGAAACACAUAUAUUAAACAAGAAACUUUCCAGCUUGAAAAAAAGAAGGGAAAAAGAAAACAGUGUGAAGUUAGUUUCUACCAGAGAUGAAUUGGUGAGAUUAUUUCAAUUGGUUAAAGAAAUACUUAUGACAAAGUUCUGGUGAUUGGAUAUCAGUCGUGUUGUGGUUUGUAACUUACAUGAUCCAAAGUUAUAUUUAUUUUUUGUAUUGUAUUAAACACUGAAAAACAUUUGAUUAUCAGAGAAGACUUCAGUUGCCACGUGUGGCUCAGCCUCCAUGACUAUUUUGUAAGUCAUUAGAUCCAAAAAUACUGGAAAGAAAUAUGUUGUAUACUCUGUAGUUAGUGCUAAUACCAUUUUGCAUGAAGUCUUUAUAGCCAAAGAGCACAAUGUACUGUUAGGUAUUGUAAUUACAACGUAAUGAAACAGUAACUUUGAAGGAUGGGCUGCAUUGUCUAGAGAAGGUUUAACAAAACGCCAUAACUUCUUUUGUUGUUAAACAACACAUCAACGAGUUUUAUUUCUCACAGCAGUUGUUCUUAUGUAACAUAGAAAAUUUUAGAAUUUAAGUAUAUGCGUAUAAGUUGCAUCUCAGAUUAGUGUUCUAAGAUUGUACACUUAAAGUACUCUUUAGUGAUGAGGUGGAUAUAUGUUUGUGAUAAAAACAUUUGGUUUUUGAAAUUAAAUCUGGCAGUGUUCUGAUGGGUGUUCUAAGAUUGCACAUUUUAGGUGCUCUGUAGCGAUGAGAUUGAUAAAUGUUUGUGAAGUGAUAAAAACAUUUGGUUUCUGAAAUUAAAUCUGACAGUGUUCAGAUGGAUGUUCAAAGAAUGCACACUUGAGGUGCUCUGUGGCGAUGAGAUAAAUAUAUGUUUGCCAUAAAGACAUUUAAUUUGUGAAAUUAAAUCUGGUAAUGUUUAUAUUGGACACUAUGGGCUAGUUCUGACAAAGACUGUUUUGGACAUUUAGUAUUUAUGAGUCAUUAAUGAUCUGGUAACAAAAAUCCCAUGUUUGUUAUUACUUGUGAUCUAUUUCCUCAUAGAGAUGAUGUCCAGCAUUGUAAUUUUGUUUGAGGCUAAUUUUAUCACAAAGACUAUCAGUUGAUAAAUGUUUUACUAGAUAAUACAAGGUUAUUAUUUUUUCAGUCAACAUAAUGUCCAGUGGGGUUAAUCCAACUUCUAAACAUGUCAUACUGUAUUUAUCUAUGUAUUGCUAAACAUAUAAAUCUGUUAUGUGCCAUUACACUGCUUUUCUAGAUUGCUAUCUACUGAUGAAUAUGUUAAACAUUUAGAAUGAGUUAUAUUUUGAUAAACAUGAUAAAACAAACAUCCCUUUAGAAACAUAGAGAACACUUAUAAGCAUUGUAUUUACACCAACACUAACAUAUCAAUGCCAGACAUGAACUGUCAGUAAGAAAAUCAAACAAAUAAUAACAUCAUGUCAAAUUAGAUAACUCUGUAGAGUGGACAAUAAGACCAGACCAAAUAAACAAAAUAAUUUGACAAUGGCUUGGAAUGAGAACAGUACUGAAAAAUAUAGAAAAGCAGAGAUUGAAAUGGUUCAGUCACUUGGAACAAUGAGUCAACAGAAGCACAUAACUUACAACUAACAGGAAACAGAGGAAAGCCAAGGAAGUAUUCAAUAUAUUGUGUCAAGAGAAACAGCUGAAAAUGUGAUUAACAACUGUUAAAAUGUUACACUUUGCCCUGCAAAAACAUUUGCAUCUACCAUGGUGCUAAUAGGCAUAAGUAAAGGAUGCAAGAAAGAAAGAAGACAUGAGAAAGGAGUAUUAUUUGUUGAUAAACAUAUCAUUUUAAGUUUUAUUUUGGUGAAAAGUUUUUCUUUUAUUUAUGGAUUACUUUAUUCUCAUAUAUAUAUACUUUCAAUAUAUUCAGUUUUACCAGAAGACUAGGCAUCUGUUAACUUUGUAUCUUACACCAACAACAGUGAAUAUGGGUAAUUGGCAGAAUGUGUAGUUAAUACACUGAAAACAUAUUAUACAAUUGUGAGGUAUUUAGGCUGUACACCUUAGGAACGUAAUACUUCAGUGGAAUGUCUAGAUAUUGUAAUUCAGAAAGGAAAAUAUAUUAAUGUGACAUGUAGCCAUAAACGACAUUUUCUAUACAUAGUAUAUCAGUAGAUAAUGUAGACAUUUCACCUAAUAUAUCAGUGAACCAUGUAACCAUGAUACUUCAGAUGCACAAUAUAUCAAUGGAACAUGUAUUCAUAACACUUCAGUUGCACAAUAUAUUAGUGGUAUAUGUAUUUAUAACACUUCAAAUACACAAUAUAUCUGUGAAAUGUAUAUCUACGACAUUUCAGAAGUGGUACAUAAACAGAAUAUCUGUGUAGUAAACCUGAGAAAACAUACAUUAGUGAAACAUAAGGGAAUUACAUUUUAUGAACAUUACAUCAGUGGAAUGUGUAUCUACGACAUUUCAGAAGUGGUACAUAAACAGAAUAUCUGUGUAGUAAACCUGAGAAAACAUACAUUAGUGAAACAUAAGGGAAUUGCAUUUUAUGAACAUUACAUCAGUGGAAUGUGUAGCUAUGACAUUUCAGAAGUGGUACAUAAACAGAAUAUCUGUGUAGUAAACCUGAGAAAACAUACAAAAAAUAAGGGAAUUGCAUUUUAUGAACAUUACAUCAGUGGAAUGUGUAUCUACGACAUUUCAGAAGUGGUACAUAAACAGAAUAUCUGUGUAGUAAACCUGAGAAAACAUACAUCAGUGGAAUGUGUAUGCAUGCAUUAAAUUUCCCAAAAGUUAUAUUUUCUUACUAACUUACUGCCAUAUAACAAUGGAUUAAAUUAAUUUUUUUUCAUGAUAAAUAGUCUUGCAAGGGGUUCAGAAGACAAGGAAAAACUGUGGUUGAAAUUAAUCAAGCUUCAUUCUUUACCUUUUGCUUUGUUUUGCAGGAGUACUGAUUUUAUAGUUAUAAGACAUGAUAAUACUUUACUGACAUACUAAAUUGCUUUAUGUAAACAAACAAGGUGAUCAUAUUGUUUAAGAAAGAGAAAAUAUUACUAUAUAACAAAUCAAUAGAAUAGUCAGUAAACAGAACAACAAUAUACAGAACAGAUAGUAUAGCUUGCCCGUGACAUGUUUUUAUUAUACAGUUAGUAAUAAAAAUGGCUAUCCUUAGAAAGUCUGGGACACCAACAUUUUGGCAUUUAUAGAAACAAGCAGAUCAGUCAGUUGUAAGUCUUUAAACUUAAUGGAUGUUAACUUCAUACAAUAGCUAAUGAAUAACAUAUGUUUUUAGAGCAUACAAGAAAUAAAUUUUCACCUAUAGUGAUAAAACUACCAACAUAUAGUUUUAAAACCUACAAGAAACAAGUCUAUCUCAGUAAUAACUAGGUUAUCUAUUUAUACUAUAAAGGAACAAAGCUAUGAGCAUGUAGUAGGUAAAAUUAUAGUCCUAUACAUUUACUGUUUACUACAUUUUUAAAGCUUUAAUUAACUGUAAUGUACUUGCUGAAUUGAGAACGUUAAUUUUGGGCCUCAGCUUAUAAAUGAACAAACUUUUUUUAUUCGGAGGCUCUAUUCAUCAUUGGCAAUGGCUAUGAUAUUAAACAAAUUGAAUUGGACAAAAAUGUCACACUUGCCUAGGCCUAAACCUUAAUGAAAUUCUACCAAACAUAACUGGGUCAGUAACCUGUGAAUGUAUACCUUUAUAAAUAAAUAAUGAGUCCACUUUUACUCUUGAAAGAUACAUAAAUUAACUUUUGUCAGUAACAAAUAGUUGAACCCGUUGUCUCAAAAUCCUUUUCAAAUAAAACAUUUUCUGUGACAUUUUCUUAUAUAGCUGAGUAAGUAAAGGAUGGGUCAACUGUUAAUCAUAAAAUCUGCAAGAAAUAAACUCAUGUUAGUAACUAAUGGUUAUAUACUAAGAGUCAAAAAAUGAUGUGUCUACUUUUAAUCUUAAAAAAUGGCAGAAAUAAACCCAUGUCAGUAAAUAAUGGUUAUAAAACUCAGCAAUGUUGGGUCAGCUUUUAGUCAUAAAAGCAUGCAGAAAAUAAAAUUGUCAGUAACAAAUAGUUAUAUAAUUAUACAACUGUGUAAGCAAAUGUUGAGUCAGUUUUUAGUUAUUUAUAUACAGGAACUAAACCUGUCUCAAUAAGAAGUAGGUAAAUGUGUAGUUCGAAACUUAUAAGGCAUAAAUUUGUAUUAUAAAAAAAAGGUGAUUGGAGUCUUAAAGUAUAUAGGAAAAUAAACCUGUGUCAGUAAUUAAUAGAUCUGCUUGUGUUCUGAUCUAAACGUUUCAGAAUAGCUGUUGUAAAAUCUAAUCAACUCAUUUCUUUCAUUUACUGCAAUCAUUGUUUUAUACAUAUAAGAUUCCAACUUUGUACUUAUUGAUUCCAAACUUUUCAAAAAACAUUUUUGGGUAUUUUUUGUUAGCUAAAGUGAAUUAUGUUGAAGGUAAAAAAGAAAUUGGAGAUGUGCUUAGGAAUUAAUGGUUUACAAAACAUUUACGUUCUUAAUAACUGCACAAUAGAAAAGAAAGUAAAUUGAUGAAAAGCUAUUAACCUGUAUAUGACUACAUAUUUUUUAGCAGUUGAAAUAAUUUAUUGUGAUAUCAAUGUGGAACAAAUAAAACAUCACAUUAAA